GCCGAAGGGCCACAGCAUAGUGGUUUACGUCUUGGCUCCCAGUCCAGAGCCAAACCUUUUCCCGAUCGGCCGAGGGAUGUGGUUCCUAGGCCUUGGAAGAGGAUACAACUGUACAUUUGUUCCUGUGUGUGACUGAAAAUUUCCACUAUGAAAAGGAUUAAGAACUGUGUCAUCAAAUGAACGGAAUAAGACUAAAUCUCUGACAUGGAUGAAAGUCACAUCGUAGAAAAGUGAAGGUCCUUCAAGAAGUUAGUGGCAAUUUCUCUGGGGAAAGCUGCAAUAUCAAUGGAACACUGGACCAUGAAGCCACCACUCUUGGUGCUUUCUGUAUAUCUGAUAUGGUUGAAAUAUUGUGACAGUGCACCUACUUGGAAGGAGACAGCUACUACGGAUGGAAGCCUGAAGAGUCUUCCAAAGGUAGGAGAGACAGAUGUAGAAGAAGAAGUGAAGAAGGCUUUGAUUGGCAUUAAGCAGAUGAAAAUCAUGAUGGAAAGGAGAGAGGAGGAACACGCCAAACUGAUGAAAACCUUGAAGAAAUGCAAAGAAGAAAAGCAGGAGGCCCUAAAACUCAUGAACGAAGUGCAAGAACGUUUGGAGGAAGAAGAAAAGUUAUGUCAAGCAUCUUCUGUAGAUUCUUGGGAUGGAUGCAGGCCAUGUUUGGAAAGUAACUGCAUACAAUUUUAUACAGUUUGCCAACCUGGUUGGUCCUCUGUGAAAAACAUGAUGGAACAAUUUCUCAAGAAGAUAUACCAAUUUUUGUUUACCCACAGUGAAGAUGUAAAGGAUCUCCCUGCCAUAGAACAGCUGACAAAGGAAGAUUUACAAGUGGUACAUAUAGAAAACCUGUUCAGCCAGCUGGCUAUAGAUGUGAAAUCUCUUUUCAACAUGAGUUUUUACAUUUUUAAACAGAUGCAGCAAGAAUUUGACCAGGCUUUUCAAUUAUACUUCAUGUCUGAUAUGGACUUAAAGGAGCUACACUCCCCAGCUUUGUCUAAAGAGAUAACCAAAAAGGAAGAACUUGGACAAAGGUGGGGCAUUCCCAAUGUUUUCCAGCUGUUUCGGAAUUUCAGUCUCUCUAUUUAUGGGAGAGUCCAACAAAUAAUAAUGAAGACACUCAAUGCAAUUGAAGAUUCAUGGGAACCGUACAAAGAGUUAGACCAGAGAGGUAUGACUUCAAAGAUGCUACCUGAGCAAAAUGGAGAAAUGUGUGAGGAAUUUGGCAAGAAUUUAUCUGGAUGUUUAAAAUUUCAUAAGAGAUGCCAAAAAUGUCACAAUUACCUAUCUGAAGACUGCCCUGAUGUACCUGAACUACACAUAGAAUUUCUUGAGGCCCUGAAAUUAGUCAAUGUAUCCAAUCAGCAAUAUGAUCAGAUUGUCUGGAUGACCCAGUAUCAUCUGGAAGACACCACACACCUGAUGGAGAAGAUGAGAGAGCAGUUUGGAUGGGUAUCUCAACUGGCAAGCCAUAAUCCAGUGACUGAGGACAUUUUUAAUUCAACAAAGGCAGUUCCAAAGAUCCAUGGAGGAGAUUCUUCCAAGCAGGAUGAAAGUAUGGUAGACCCAAGUAUUCUGCCUUCCUCUAACUUCACAGACCAGAACCCUCCUGAAGAAGAUGCUGAGAGCUCUAAUGUCAUUUACUACAUGGUAGCUAAAGUUCUACAGCAUUUUAAGGGACAUUUUAAAACCUGGUAAGAGAAUAGCUAAUUAGGAAAGCUUUGUUAAGAGGGUAGGUAGCUCAUAAAAAGAAAUAGAAAUACAAGAAUUGGGGAGAAGCUAUUAAAUAUGCAAAAGGGCUGUGUAAAAUGUUAUUAGAAAAUGACACUCAUACACCUAUAAUCCUAGCACUUUGGAGGUAGAACUUGGGAGAUCUGUUUGAGUUCAAGGCUAGUUUGGCCUACAUAGCCAGUUCCAAGCCAGCCAGGGCUACAUAGUAAGACCCAAGGAAUGUGAUGAUUCAGAAACUUAGAUUACUAGUGGGCUAUAAACUAGUUUUGCAUUUUAUUUAUUUUUCCCUCUUUUUAUGAGACAGACCUUCAUUGCAUAAUCCAGCUGACUGAUCUCCAGGUGUGAUCCAUCACAUUCAGCCUGGCUUUGCCUAUUGGAAAGCUAUUUAGUUAUGUAUCCAGAGUCAUACAAUUUCUUUUUCACAUUAUUCUACUUCUGGAAUCAAUGUAAAAAUCAAUACAAAUUUGAUGAAAAGCCCUCCCUUCAAGAUUUAUACUUGGAAAACUGCUUAAAAUUAAAAUAUUGAGACUAAUCAGUGUCUAAAAAUAAGAGCAUGUUUAAGCAGAUAUUGACCAAAUCCACUUAAUACACUUGAUGAAACUUAAAAUUACUUACAGAAUUGGAAUAAGGACCUGCCAUCUACAGUGGCCACGUCUUUAUUAUGAACCUCUUUUUUAUUUUUUGAAGUAUUUCUCCCAUAAUUUUUGGGUAAAGGAAACCAAGACACAGUAGAAAGCUAAAUAAUCUAAAAUCAGUUGUCAGGAGAAAGAGAAGUGGAAUUCAUUGCUCCAUACACACAGUGACUGUUAUGGCAUUUGGUCCAAACAAAUAAGACCCAAAAAUCUUGAUAGUAUGACUGAGCUUAAAUAAUUAUCAAAUUUCAAUUCUAAAUUUUCAUUCAUAAGGGACCUUUUUAGUAAGUAACUAUCAAUGUAUAAUUAAGAUCAAUAACAUUAAAUAAACAGCCUUGAA